CAUAUUGGAUUUUUUCCAAUCUUAUCAUAAAAGACUUUGUUAAUGUGGAGCAACAGUUACACUAGACACAACAAUUUAAUCACUUACUGCAAUUUUCACUUUUUUAUGAAAAGUUUACUUACUGAUCAGAAUGAUUAAUAUUGUAUAAGUAUGUGUUAAAACUGAUGUACGAUAGUUUUGUUUGGUGUUUAUACGAUUGAUUCUGUGCGUUGUUUUGGAGGAAAAUGGAUUCGAAAAUGGACGACGAGGAGCUGAAUUAUGAAAAGCCUUUCCUUUGGCAAGAUGAUGAUGAUGACAAAGUACAUGAUCAUCCUUUGGAAAGCCAUCCAAAUUGGCCCGAUGUGUCCGACCCCGAGAUUGAUGCUUUUGAGUACGAGACGGACGAGGAGGACAAACCGAUAUAUUUCGAUAAGGAUGACAUGAAGGUGGACCCUAGUAAGCCAGACAUUACCUACAUCGUGCCAUGGCUCCGAAAAUACAUGGAACCACCAACACUGGCCAGCAUGAGGGAGGGAGAGAGGCUCUUAAAGGGGAAGUGCUAUAUAGAUGAUGACCCCCGCAAUCUGUGGCUCUACAAAGAGUACCAUGGCCCUGUUAUCGGCACCGUAGUUCGCAAGGAGUGGGGAGCGCUGCCUUGGAAGCCCAAGAAGCCACUGAACGUCCCAGUGAAGCAUGUCAGGUUCACAUACACCAACGGCCCGACCGACGACUACCCUGAGGCGAUGGGUAUCAUACAGGAAAUGCAGAAGCAACACAGGAAGGAUGGAUUGGACGAUAUAGCUUACAAUUACAUGAUUUCCCGAGACGGUGCCAUUUUCGAAGGUCGAGGAUGGUAUGUCGACGCUGAGAGACCUCCUGAGUUUGCCCAUCUUCAAGGAGACUGUCUCGACAUCGCGUACAUGGGAGACUUUAGCAAGUCCGACCCUCCCUGGUUUCUGCUGAAGGGUGCCAUGGAUGUGAUCCGCUAUGCUGUGGAAAUCAGAGUGCUCGACCCAAAAUUCAAGGUCAUCCCGUUCAGACCUCAUGACCAACUACCGAAAUAAAAACUACUUUACUAUCAAA